UGUUCACGCAAAGAUCAAACUCAUUUCCAAUGCUGCCUCACCACGGCGGGACCAAGCGACCAGCACCACAGGACCAGCAGAGCGCAAACAGCAACAACCAGAACAACAAGCGCGUGGCGCUGUCUGAGAAUUCGAGCGCCGCUGCCACCCCCUCGCCAAGCUCAAGUCGCCCGGCUCGGUCGCCUGCAACCAGCACGACCGGUGCUGCUGCUCCUUCAACGCUGGUGCAACCCAAGCCCAAGGCAGGGGGCGGGCUGCUGGACUCGAUUCGCGCGGGCAAGUUCAUCCGCACGAGCAACGGUGCUUCCUCGGCUGCUGAGAGCGGCGACUCUGCGUUGGCAAGCCCGAGUGCAGCGAUGGCACGAGCGAGUGCAAUGACGCCGAGUAGCUCGGCUGCCACGCUUGCCGCUGCUGCCAAGGCGAGGACCGAGUACCAGGUGGUCUUCCCGUCAAUGGGAUCGAUUGUGCCGCCAUCCAACCGACACACUGUGCUCAAUCGCUUUAUUGUCGAGCUGCAACGCAUCUACCCGAACGACAAGGACGCUGGCUACAAGGAAGCCCUAGCAUUGGAGCAAAAAGUGUACAGCGCUGCCAACUCCAAAAUGGGUUACACGAAUGGAGCAGCGCAUGCGCUCGGAUCGCUCAAGGAGCGUCGACAGGGCCAGGCACCAAUCGUACAUGCAGACAAGUAUGCAAUGGAGCAGAACAUUGAAAAGUACCUGCUGACGCGGGAGCAAUUGCUUGAGAAUGGGUUUCUUCUCAGCUCGGCGGACCAUGUCCAAUCCGAGACCACUGCGGCAGCACCCCGUGUAUGCGAGCGAUGCGACACGUUAUUGGACAUGGAUGACGUGCAUACAUCGGGGGUCGAGCCUGAUCCAUCAUCGUCCGGCAAAGUGCCAUUACUUUCGACAUGCCAGCACCAUCCUGGUCGGGUUUGGCAACGUCGUCGAGGCAAAUGGGUUUGCGGCGAAAUGGCCUUCUACUCUUGCUGCGAGGCCGCUCCCUCCGCAGUGGGCUGCAAAACCGCAGCGUUUCAUGUGCCACGCGCACCCGAACUGACAGUUCCGGAUUGUAUGGAUACGGGAAAGGAUUCGACGUGCACGCCUUCCAGUGCCAUUCGAUGCUUUGGCGUGGAUUGUGAAAUGGUCUCGACUACGAAUGGCACAGAGCUAGCACGGGCCACAGUGGUCGAUUGCAACAAGCAUAUUGUGCUUGACGAAUUGGUCCAACCGCAGCAUCCUGUGUUGGACUACAAUACCGAGUUUAGCGGCAUCACGGCAGCCAAGCUAGCGCCUGUCAAGACCACGUUACGCGAUGUUCAGCAAAGGCUGCUUGGCUUGCUGGACGCCCGCACCAUCCUCCUCGGCCAUUCCCUCGAGAGCGAUCUUCACGCGUUAAAGCUUAUUCACGCUCGAGUGGUCGACACAAGCGUCUUGUUUCCCCACCCCAAGGGAUUUCCGUUCAAACGGGCGCUCCGUUCGCUCAGCGCGGACAUUCUCGGCCGUGCCAUCCAACUGGGCGCGCUUCAAGGCGGCGGCCAUGAUUCUGCCGAAGAUGCGAGCACUUGCAUCGAUCUGCUCAAGUGGAAGAUUCGGCACGACAUUGACUAUGAGGGUCCUAGGACGACCGUGACUGCGGGUGCAAGCGAGAGCCUGCUUCUCGAGAAUCGCGGGAUUCCCAUCCAACGCCUCAGUCGUCGGCUGCGAGAAGAAACGCCGCCCGAGUAGUUGCAUGCAUCAGCAUCCGUAGUCUCGACCAGCCUGGUUUGAUUUUAAUGUUAUUUAUUGCACAUUCAUCGACAUUUUUUGAU